ACCUGAAUGAGUUUUCGUUUCAUAUUUAGACUUUUUCCUCAUAAAAGUUCCGUUCUUCUAUAAGACAACCCUAAUUUUACAAGAUUUAAAUUGUAGUUUUUAGCUAGCUUCUAUUUGUCCUAACCCUAGAAACUAGCCGACUAGCAAGAGAACUAACUAAAGUGCUAGCUAAAGAAACCUUAACCUGAAUGAGUUUUCAUUUCACAUUCAGACUUUUUCCUCAUAAAAGUUCAAUUUUCAUUGAUGUAAAUGAAGUGUCUGCCAGGCUUUCCACCAUGAGAAAUCACCGUCUCUCCCUGAAAGAGCGUCAAACAUUCUGUCCCACCGUUAUCAAUCUCAAGCUCCUGAGCUUCACGGGGAAGCGCCGCCCUCUGUGGCCGUUGCGCCCUCGCAUGAUGGACACGGGCAGCUGAUUCCCACAGCUGACACGUCCGCAUUUGGCCAGCAUCAAAGCGAAUGUGUUCGGAGCUGAAAUAUCAGUCUUCCUACUUUCAUCCCAAUGACCGUGCGGAAAGGAAAAACUUUAGCCAUCACCAUCCAGGAGCACAUGGCCAUCGACGUCUGCCCGGGACCGAUCCGGCCCAUCCGCCAAAUCUCCGCCUACUUCCCCCGCCUCUCGCCCACUUCCUCCUUCUCGGAGCCGCUCUCGCCCAAUCAGACGGGGGCCUCGGCCACCCUCAGCCCCGGGGCCACGGGUCAAGGAGGAGCGGGAGGAGGCGGCGGCGAUGGCCUGUUGUCGCCCUUGUUAGCGGCGAGAGGCGGCGGAGGGGCGGGGGGCUCGCUGUCCGCCAUGAGCAGCAUUGACACCUCCGUCGAGGUGGACAGUUGUGACAGCGACGAUAACACUUCUUUGGGGACGUUGGAGUUUGACCUGCUGUACGACAGAGCCACCAGCUCCUUGCACUGCACCGUCCUGAAAGCAAAGGGUCUGAAACCGAUGGAUUUCAACGGCUUGGCGGAUCCCUACGUGAAGCUGCACCUCUUACCGGGAGCCUGCAAGGCCAACAAACUGAAAACCAAGACGGUCCGUAACACUUUGAACCCGGUGUGGAACGAGACGCUCACGUACUGCGGCAUCACCGAGGAGGACAUGACUCGGAAAACGCUGCGGGUGUCGGUGUGCGACGAGGACAAGCUGACGCAUAACGAGUUCAUCGGGGAGUCGCGGGUGGCCCUGCGCCGCGUGAAGCCCGACCAGACCAAACACUUCAACAUCUGUCUGGAGCGCCCACCUCCUCUUCCCUCGCCCACGGCGAUGAGCACGGCCCUCCGAGGCAUCUCCUGCUACCUGAGAGAGUGGGAGACGGAGCAGCAGAGAAGCUUGGAGGAGAGGGGCCGCCUGCUGCUGUGCCUGCAGUACGUCCCCCCGGCCGACGACGAGGGCAAGGAGGGGGCCCGCGGCGGCCUCUGCGUGGGCGUCAAGCGCUGCGCCCACCUGGCCGCCAUGGACGUCAACGGCUUCUCCGACCCCUACGUGAAAACGUACCUCAAGCCAGAUGUUCAGAAGAAGUCCAAGCACAAAACCGCAGUGAUCAAAAAGACGCUCAACCCGGAGUUUAACGAGGAGUUCUUCUACGAAAUCUCCUUCUCGGAACUCGCCACCAAGACGUUAGAGGUCACCGUGUGGGACUACGACCUCGGCAAGUCGAACGACUUCAUCGGGGGCGUCUCCUUUGGGUGCCACUCGCAGGGCGACACCCUGCAGCACUGGGUCGACUGUCUGAAGAACAAAGGCAAGAAGGUGGAGCGCUGGCACACGCUGACCAACGAGCUGCCCGGCGCCGCGUCGCAGGAGUGAAGCGCACCUCUCAGGACCGGCGACGGCAGAAAGACUGCAUGACGGCCAAAAGGACUUCUUCGUUGGUGCAAAGAACAAAAACGAAGGGGUCGGUGCACAGAUCGUAACCGGGCCUCGUCGUCGCCCCUGAAGUCGGAUCCAUUUGGGAUGCUUGUUGCUUUUUUUUUUUUUUUUGCUGGGCUUAAAGUCACGAAAGAAAAAAAAAAAAGCAUUUUUGCAUGACACGCGCCAGCGGUUGGUGCGCAUCGCAAUGUCGCCAACUACUGGCCUGGCGUGUAAUUUGACAGCACAUUUUUUUUUUUUUUUCCUUCUGAAGCGUUUGUCAAGUUAAACGUACUCGAAUGCAAUCGUUCCCCACCUUUUGGAGCCAAAGCACAUACACUACUCCAAAAAAUACAUCGAUCAUUUUCAGUCCACCCUUUCGUUCUCUCUUUUCUCGAAGCAAAACGGCACCUUGAUGCCUUUCUGUGACUCUUCCAGUCUUAUCGUUUGCCCUUCUUUAGCUCAGCGGCCACAUCGGAGGUGCGAGCGGAUUGAUCAACUGUUUGGUCUCAUGAUGUCAAAAUCUUAAAAUGUUUCGACUUGAACCAUCAAAUUGGUUGCUUGAUUCAUAUUUUCACCUCCUCGUUAACAUUGAACAGCUGGAAAUGUGCAUUUGAAAGUUUUAGAAAAAGUCAAAUUAGGUUCACCUGAAAAGUUACGCACUGGACCAAAAAUCGGCAGUUAAUUGAGGCUCACGAUGCAACAAUUGCAUUAAAAAAAAAAAAAAAAUUAAAACCAAAAAAAUUUGUAUAAAACAGGGAUGAACCCAAAAAUCAUCUUUUCUGGGUUCCAACCCACUGCAAAAAAAUAAAAACAAGUAGAAGAAAAUCUGCAAAUAGGGCCACUGUGUUGGAAAAUUUCACCCCAAAGUUUUUGUGAGUAGAGUAUAUUAAAUGGGAAAACCCUGGUGAAAAUGUUGCCAGAAGUA